AUGUUUCUACGACCUGUUCUGACGCCCAAUGUGAUCCGUCAUACUUUCAGCUGGGAUCUCUGGUCUAGGAGAUGCGUGCCUGCUGCUUUCUACUCGUCUCAGGCCUUUUCCGAGGCUGAGAUAACCAAAGCCAAACAAUGGCACCAACAGUUCACAGCUUCCAGUAUACCCAUAAAAGAAUUUGAGGUUGCGUACAGCCGAGCUUCAGGGCCGGGUGGGCAGAAGGUUAAUAAGACUUCUUCUAAGGCCACUGUUUCCUUGGCUCCUGACAGAUGGUUGAAUCCACAGUUCUGUUACUGGAUUCCCGCAGCCAUCAGAUCUCAACUAAAGACCAAUAAGAUACGAUACGAAACAAAAACAGGCGGUGUUUUGAUUCAAAGUGAUACGUCACGGAACCGAGAUGUCAACACCACAGAGUGCUUGAACAAGCUCCUUAUAGAAAUCAAGAAAGUGGCAUAUUUCGAAGAGGAAAUGACUGAAGAAGACAAGAAAAAGUGGGAAGAACUCAAGGAAAGGAGCCGGGAAAAACGGCUCAUACAAAAGAAACGGACUAGUGAUAAGAAGAAGAGCCGUUCAAAGAACUUCGACAUCUGA